UAUUAGUGUUGUAAACCUAAUUUAUGAGAGGAUGUAAAAUUGAAGUUUUUGAUGAAAAGGGUGUUUUUGACAAAAUUGUUUAUUAAAUGGGCAUAGUUUUAAACUUAUUUAACAAAUGGGGUGAUUUAGCAAUUUAGUCAAAAGAAAAAGAAAAUACCGUGCCCUAACUCUAUUCUUACCGAGCGACGAACGCACGCCUCACCAACGUACGCCACACCAUCGUCUGCCAUCUCCGGCCAUACCUCCAUCCGGCGACUCCACCUCCGACCACACCAGACGGGGGAGACUCCACCUCCGUCCCUACCUCCAGCCGGCGUUCCUUCUCAGUGAAAAUUAAGGGUAUGUUUGGUUGGAUGGAAUGGAAUAAUGAAGGAAUGGAGUUGGAUGAUUUGGAAUGACAAAGGAAUGGAUUGGACAAGUUAAUUGAAUAAGAAAGGUGUAAAAUAUGUUCCAAUUAAGCCAAUUGGAGCAUACAUUGCGACUGAAACCUGAUCUUUUGAGCCUUCCUAUCAAUGAAGCUAUUAAGGGAGAGCUCGAGGCUCUUUUCUUAGAUAAGAUAAUCAAAGAUUUGGGACUUUGCAUAUCUGUUUAUGAUAUCCAGUCAAUCGAUGGUGGUUUUAUCUUUGCCAAUGAGGGUGCUCCAACCUACACAGUGAAAUUCAGGCUGAUAAUCUUUCAACCCUUUGUAGGAGAAAUUAUAUCUGCAAAACUUAAAGAAUCUAACGCUGAUGGUAUACGCUUAUCAGUUGGAUUUUUUGAUGAUAUAUACAUACCAGCGUUCCUACUGCCAAGUCCUAUCAGUGCUGAACCUGACUCAGAAAACAAGAACCAAGUUAAAUGGAUAUGGAAAUAUGAUGGUGCUGAAUAUCUUAUAGAUGGAUAUGAUGAGAUUAGGUUUCGAGUUCAUAAGGUUAAGUUUCCUGAAAUCCCAAAAGAGCAAAAAGAUUCAAAGCCAUUUGCACCUAUGGUGGUCAUUGGGUCGCUUGUGUGUGAAGCGGGUUUGGGGCCCAUUUCGUGGUGGGUCUAGUUGAAAUUUCGUCUGUUUUCUGAAUGAAUAUACGGGGCUUAAUUAGUACAGAAAUUGUCAAACUACUGUUGACUCUUAGCUUAAAAACACACAUAUAUAUAUAUAUUUUUCAAUUUUAAUUUCCCAUUUUAAGAGCAUUUGGGACAUAUGAGACUUAAAUCAAUUAAUUAGUAAUGAUUACCUGAAAA